AUGGAUUCCCAACAGCCCUAUGGGUCAUCUCAUCCUACCGAUCAUCCUGCUCGCACCAUAUUCCCCAAAGGCCCAGUUUUCAGCCUGGACGACUUUUCCAGUCGCGACUUUAUAGCCAAAGACUUUAUUGAGACACUGACAGAUUCGGCCCAAUCCUCCAAUCGCCGGUCGCAUGGAUCUACCGCAACUUUCGACCCCAAACCUUUGAUUCGAACGUUCGAGCAGGCCUCACGGCGUCUGGACGAACUCUCUGGAGAACUUGAACACCGAGAAAAUGAAUUAUCGGCUGCAGUGAGAAGAGCUGAAGCACAACAUGCUAAUAACACGGAGAUACUGGGCCGAAAACUGAACCAAACAAUCGACAGUUUCAAAAAGCUAGACACUUCCCUCAAAUCGGAACGUGGUGAGAAGUGGGGCGGGAAUGUUGCCGUGGAGACUGGUCGUCGGUUAGAAGAAUUGGACCGACAAAGAAGGAAAGCCUUGGAUGCUCAUUUUUUGAUUGAAUGCUGGGACGAAGUCAGCAAUCGAGGAGAAGUUACCCUGCUAGAGAAUUUAAGGAGAUCUGGGACAGGCGAAGGUAAAAUCAGAUCAGCAAAUAUCGCUCGCCAGCUCUUGCGAAUCAGCCAAAGACUGGACCCGAAAAGUCACGGGCAAGCCAACGGCAUUUCAAAACAGCAAGCUGGCAUCACCAACGGUGUCACAGGUGCCAGGAAUUUCAACACGAGAGAAGUCAUUGAGAAGUUUAUUGAGACACUAGAAAAUGAUAUGCUGAAACUGUUCGACGACUUCUACAGACGACAGAAUUUCGAGGAGAUGAAGAAUUGUGCUAUUGUCCUGCAGGAUUUCAACGGAGGCGCUUCAGUCCAAGCCGCCUUUGUCAACCAGCAUCAAUUUUUCAUCGACAGGAGCAACCUCAUGACAGACGAGAUUGGUGGUGAUCAAGAAACGUGGAUCCGUUUAUCAGAUCCUGAUGCUGAACUUCCGGGUGUCGAACCUGGUCUACAAUCACUGAUCGAUGAAGUGAAAGUGGUGGUCCAGGAGGAGUCGGCAAUUAUCAAGCGAGCUUUCCCUUACCCUGAACAAGUCUUGGGGAAAUUUGUACAGCGAGUCUUUCAACAAUCCAUCCAACAAAGGCUGGAACUUGUUCUCGAGAAGGCCGAGUCAGAAUCCACUCUCGCAUAUCUACGAUCCUUACAAGCCGCAAGGGGUUAUAUCGGCGUUCUUGUUGAGGACCUGAAAGCACAUGGUCUCACCGAACAUCCGGAAUCGGUGACUUCUCAAACAAGUCAACUACUGGAUCAACAACUUGACGAGCUGUUCACUCCAUAUUUUGGAGGCUCGGCUUACAUCGACAAGGAGAAGCACAAUUUACAAGAGCUAUACAAAUCGCUUUUGUUCAAGUUCGAGCUUUUCCACUCUCGAAGACAAAAAGAACCAAAAACUUACCUCGCAUCACUCCGCAAUCGUGGUCAGGAACUUCUAGCUUCGGCGAGAGAAGCAACAGACGCCUAUGUCAAGAGCUUGGAUCUGGGGAAGAUGUCGCCUACGCAGAAGCGAAUCCUCCUGUCUGUUGCCGGCCUCAAGAAUACCGACAAAGCACAACCGGAUGUGGAACUAGCCGAAGAAGAUGGAAGACUCAACGUGGUUUUUGCAAAGCGAAUGCUCAAAUGGCUAGCCGAGGGAGUCAGACGAGGACUCGAAUUAGGCGGAGGCGCCGAGACUCCCAAGGACGUCGCCGCAUUGUUGAACCUGAUCCUGAAGAACCUCCUCGAGCUGUAUGUUGAAGUCUCUCUCGAAGCGGCAGCCGAUACGGCCUCGUCUGCGGAAAAUGCUAGAAGAGAACCCGACCUCUCGUACCUGGGCAACCUCCGAACAGCCGUGCAUGUCACACACUUAGUUCAAAGCUGUAUCAAUACACUCCUCAUCCCCCUCGCAGGCUCGAGUUUGACUACGCGACGGGAAAUGGAGAAAAGCACACGCACAGCCGUGGUGCGGAUCGAAGACCAAAUCAACACCAUUGAACAACAGACGAUCGACGCAGUCCUGAACUGGACAUCUCGUCUGCUCUCGAACCAGAACAGAGCUGACUUCCGUCCUCGUGCGGAGACGGAAGUCACAUCGCUUGAACAGGCCCAAACGCCCACGUGUGACAGUGUAUGCCGCUUCCUGAGCAUCUUCCACGAUACGUCCGCACAAGCCCUCGACGGUGCCAACCUGACUCUUUUCCUGUCAGAAGUCGCCGUCGGCUUCCGCGCCCAACUCCUCCAGCACUUUUCCAAGUACCAAGUCAAUCGGAUUGGCGGCGUCAUGCUCGCGCGUGACAUGAGCCGGUAUGUCCAAUUACUUCGUUCGUGGGGUCUGGAUGACUCAUUCAAAGCGAGCCUCGAGGUCCUCUCGGAGCUGGCGAGUGUGUUUGUUCUGCAUCCCGACGCGCUCAAGGAGAGAUUGCGCGGACCGGUGCUGGGGAAUCUCGGCAAGGAGAACCUUCGCCCCUACCUGCUCAAGCGGGAUGAUUAUAUGGAAGUGGGCAUGCAGAGUUUGCUUCAUUCGUUGUAA